AUGACUUUGAAUGAAAAGAGUGUUCAAAGUUUAAUUACAAAGUGGAUUGUAUAUAUGGAAGGUGCCCCAGGAACCUUAGAUGAAGGAGGAAAUUUUCAACUUCCAUUUAAGUUUAGUAGUCAAUAUCUUUUUGACUCUCUUCAGGUCAUGUUUAUUGGUGAAAACAUCUCCAUUCAUCUUUAUGUUUAUGGCAAUGGUCAUAUCUGUGUAUCCAUUCUAACAAAGGACUGGUCCCCAGUGCUUUCAAUCCAACCAGUUUGUCUUAGUAUUUUCAGCAUACUUUCCAGCUGCAAAGACACAACUACUAGCUAA